AUGAAACUUUCAUCGACACAGCAAAAAUCGAUACAGCCCUUCAACAUUGAGUCAUCUUGCACCGAAGUUGACAUAACAAACACUCUUGUUGUACCCGUUAUCACAUCACCAACCCGAUCUCCGGUUAUCGAAGUACUCACGACGCCAGAGCUAAUUCAUGCUAUAUUUGACUAUCUUUCCGUUCCACAAUUAGUUAAUGUAAGAUCUGUGUGUAAGCAAUGGUAUCAAAUCGUCAACAUUCCGUCCCGGGUAGCUGCCUACGUCAAUUACACCGCACGCCCUAAACAUAAGAAAGUCUAUGUACUCACCAACAGUACAUAUACCCAUGAGGACAAUUUUGUCUCUGAUGUAGAUGUGGCUAUCAGUGGUGUUUACACGAACAAAAGGAAAGCCCAAAAUGAAUUAAAUAAAUGGUAUGAACAGUAUGAAGAACAGAUGUAUGAGAACUGUGAAGAUCAGUCCGAUGUGAGGAUCAUUCUCAAAGGAUUCGAAAGAAAGGGUUACUACGAUUAUGAUAUAGAGCAAGGAGAGAUUCGGGAAAUUGGUGAAUACGAUUUGGAUGAUGGAAAAGAGAGUGAUGAUGAGACAGAAAAUCAACAGGAAUCGAAAGCGGCCGAGUUGGAAUCUGUAGAGGAAGGUGGUAUUACCUAUUAUCUUAUUGAUUAA